CUCCCGCUCUUACACUUAACAGCUCUCAUUUUGCGAGACUUUAGCGACCUCAAUUUCACUCUGAAAUAUUUGUACAUUUGUAGUUUCAUCAGGUAGUCUUGUGUCUGAGUUUUGUGAUAAGUUAUUGAAUGAUAUGUUUCAGAUUUGAGUUGGAUUUUAUAGAACGAUUAAUGGAGGCCAAGCCUAAAGGGGUGAGCAUACUGUACCCUCGGAAGGCACGCAGCGCCAACUGGACUGAGCGGGAGAAGAUGCUGCUGGUGCAGACGAUACUUGAGCACGAGGAGGAUCUCUUCAGCAGACACAAUGGCGGCGCAUCACGUGACCUGGACAGCAGGCAUAAGUCGUGGGCCGAUCUGCAGGAGCUGUUGAAUCAGCAACUAGACGUCCCAAGGUCAGUUGAUCAAAUCAAGAAGGCCUUCGAAAACAUCAAAUGCCGAGCCAAGUUAAAGGUGGAUGUGUAUAGUGACGAGAACGGGGACAACCAGUGCAAAAACACGGCCCCAUCCGUGCAGCUGAUUGUCAACUAUUUGAGGGAAAGAUCGCGACUUUCACCAGCUUUUGACAGCUUCAGCAUGUCGGACAAUAGUAGCACAGAUAUUAAACCAAAUCUGAGGAUUCCAUUCGUCCAGACGACACAAGAGGAGAGAUCCGACGUGUCGACGGCGCUUCUGGAAACACCGACCUUCAACAAUAGUUACGAAGACUCAAGCGUGUAUACAGAAGACAACCCUAGACAAGAAGUUUCAAUGCAUGUGGACACCGCUCACAAUGACUGUAACGGAAUGACGUCAUCAAAGCGCAUGCGCGCUGCAGACGAAUACUUGGAACUUGAAGUCAAACGGAUUAAGGCAGAGUUGGUUAAAAUCCAGGCGGAAACAGAUCUGGUGUUCAAACGUCAGACACAAGAACAACUGCUGUUUGAUGCAAGAAUGAAGCAGGAGUAUGAACUAUUUGAACUAAAAAAGAAAUUGCUUCAAACUCAAAUAGAGAAUUCUGCGAUGCACUUCUCGAAUCACACAUAGAUUGUUUUUUAAACUUGGUUUUCUACACUAACAGUGUCGUUAUUAUUUAUUGAUAAUACAAAUGCAUUGACUUGGUCAAUUUGAUUAAACGUUAAUUAUC